GCUACGCGAUAAGAACCAUGCAGACGCGAAGAGCCUUGAGUGGUAGGCGCAGCUCCAGCUCCAAGAAAAAAUGAUGCUUAAUUGAAGUACAGGAGGUUCUGGUUUGGCCUUCAGUAAUCGAUUACUAAAAGCUCAACUGGUGCAAUCACUAAUGUCGAUAUACUUCUCUUACUACAGCUAGAGAUUUGAGCAGCGAUGCCCUUUGUAAUGGAGGUUCCUGUAUUCACAACUUUCAAAGCAGUUUCUCGCGUUCCUGAUUGUCCUCCAUCUUCACAAUGCGUCUUGUAUGGCCGCUUCUUUGGAGGCGGCGUAAAGUUGAGUAAGAGAUUCAAUUGUAGAAAGUAUAAGUUCUCUCUUCGAAUUUCGAUGAGUUUAGAAAAUAAAAAUGGUGGAGAAGAUAGAGAUGGAGAUGGAGUGAGAUUUUUGGGGAAUUCUCAGUUCGUGGAAGUGAUUGGUAUUGGAAGCAGAAAGGAUGCUGUUCUUGAUUUCUGCUGGGAAUCGCCUUUCCAGUUAACAUCGUCUUUGCGAUUCUGGAAUAUUCAAGUCAAAGAUCCUCUGAAUGUUCAAUUACAAGAAAGAUUUCUUGGACAAGAUCUUAAUCCAAGGAUUUUGGAACCAUCUCAGUUUCUGCAGUCAUGUUCAAGGGCUAUUAUCCUUGUUUGUGGCUAGUGCAGGAUAUGGCUCGGAUCAUGUUGCAGCAGUUGAUCUACUUAAAACAGUGAAGUCCAGAAAUGGGUUUGCCAUUGCUAUUUUUCUGAGACCUUUCAGCUUUGAAGGAAAAAGGCGCCAAGAUGAGUUGGAAGAUUUGGUAGGAAAACUUCAAGAGCAUACAAAUUUUUGCAUUGAUAUUGACACUGACACACUACUCAAAAAGGAUUUGGUCACUCUAGAUGAGGCUUUGAAGACUGCAAAUACUGCUGUUUUGUUAGCCAUAAAUGCCAUCUCAGUUCUCAUCUCAGAGAUGCACCAGAAAGUAAUUGGUGUUCUGCAUAAUAAUGUUAAAGAACUCGAGGUUUCAGACAUUAUAAAAAUUCUGGAAAGCUACAAAGAAGCAAAAAUUGGAUUUGGAGCUGGUAACAGCAUUAAAAGUUCAAUUUUACAGGCUCUAUACGACUCCCCUUUCAUUGGUGCUGGUUUAGAGAAUAUUAAUGGCAUCAUCAUAUGCAUCAUUGCAAGUUCGGGUUUUAUCGAAAAUGAAGAUGUCAAUGCUCCUUUGCUUACUUUUCAGCAAUCCGCAGAGUAUACUGGGGAAAUUAUUAUUUCUACAAUUCAUGAACCUAACCUGGAUCCCAACAUGAUAGUAACAACAGUUUUUGUUGUAGGUUGCAACAAAGUGCAGACUCCUCAGAGAAGUAGCUUAUUGUCCAGACUGGCCAAGCACUUCCCGUUCUUUUUUAAUAUUUUAAGGGGACACCACAAACAAUCGGAUAAAAAUGAAGGAAUCAACGGACUUGAAGACGUUCCCGAGACAAUAAAUUCACCAGACUCUGGUGCAAUGGAAAGUAAAGUUGCUAUAGACAGUACCACCAAUGAUAUUGAUGAACAACUAGAGGAACAUGAUACACUGCCAAGCAACAAUUACUAUGAUAUCUAUGGGUCAAGGAGUUACAACGAUGAAGAUGAAGACAAUGAGAUUGACUUUUUAGAUACUAGGAUGGAGUCCUCUGAUGAUUAUGAUCAAAGUACUGAAGAAACUCCUGCUCUCCAAAGGAAGCCACUUGCUAGUUGGAACUUGGGACCAGGAUAUCAGAUUGCACAACAGUGGGCCAAAGAAAGAGCUGGAGCUUCUUCAAUGCUUGACAACCUAAGCAUCUUCUGCCUUCCAGUUGGUGUAAGGCCUUCAGGAGAGUUUAAAGAGGGUCUGAAUAUCUCAUAUUCUGCAGAAUUCCCAGAUCCAAAAGUUGAGGAUGUUGUCAAAGAACACAAGCUUAAUUCCAGCAUCUCUUCUUGGGGUGCAUUGACAGAUGCAGGUUUUCUGUUAGUAAGAGAUUUUUAUAAUAAUGCAUCUACAACGUUAAGGGGUAGAAAUGCUGAUGUACCCAAAAAGCAAGGAGUUCUCUCUGUUCGUGCAGCAUCCAUGCUGGAAGCUGAGCGAGAUUCCCCAAAAAGGUGGAGACCUAUUAGGGAGAUGCAGUACAGGGGAGGAGUAUAUAGAGGGAGAUGUCAAGGAGGUCUUCCUGAAGGAAAGGGUCGGCUUAUCCUUGAAGAUGGAAGCAUAUAUGAUGGUAUGUGGCGUUAUGGUAAGAGAUCAGGUCCAGGUGCAUUCUACUUCAGCAAUGGAGAUGUGUUCCAGGGGUCAUGGAGGGAUGAUGUGAUGCAUGGCAAGGGUUGGUUUUAUUUCCACUCGGGAGAUCGAUGGUUCGCAAACUUUUGGAAGGGAAAGGCCAAUGGUGAAAGCCGUUUCUAUUCAAAGUCUGGUGAAGUCUUUUUUGGCCAAUUUCAAGAUGGGUGGCGACAUGGCCACUUUCUCUGUAUUGAUGUUGAUGGGGCAAGGCGUGUUGAGACGUGGGACGAGGGUAUUCUUGUAAGCUGGAAGCGUCUGGACUCUGAUAGUGAUGCUGGAUGAAAAAAUUACAUAAAUCAUUUAUUUUUUUUUAAAAAAUCUCUUUUUACCUUUAUUUGUAUAUUCCUUAUCUAUUUCACUUGCUAAUUAGUAGAUGUUUUGCAGGCAUGCUGCAAUCCUCAAUUUUGGAUCUUUGGUAAUAAGUUUUUAGUGUUGCUCUGAGUCUGUUUAUUGUUGUUUGGUUGUUUACAUGUUGGGACUAGGCUGAUAAUUUUUUUUUGGGUGGAACCUCCGGAUUAAUCCCACUUGGCGUAUACAGCGUCGCAUAUGAUUCUGUUAUACAGCCCGAUUCAGCACUCGUGAUUAAAAUUUUUUCGCUUCAAUUUUACACUUGACAUAGUCCGUUAUUGGGCUUCCAGAA